AUGACGUUGGUGAGGUUGAGUCUGCUGGAGGUGUACGCGACGGACGACGAAGCAAAGGAGAGAGUAGACGACGGGACGUCGCUGGGUCCGCUGCAGGAUCGGAGCCCUUGCUGGCGAGUUUGCCCGAGUUCGAUGACGAGCAGGGAUGGCGCGAUUUCUUUGACGCGCAGAUUUACAAGAACGGACGUAAGAAAGGGCGAUGCACAGCAGCAACAAUCGUGUCGGCGCAGAUCGCGAGUCAAGAAACGCAUCGACCGAAAGACACGGUUGUUGCUUCAUGUAUUGAACCAUGUCCGAGUAAGGUUGUGA